AUGCCGCGCUUGCCGGAACAGCAGGUUCCCGAAGCUGCGGCAGAGUACUCUGAUGUGUCCGAGUCGGACGAGUACGACGAGGAGGAAGAGCAGGCUUCGGCGCUGAGCAACUUGGGAUACGGUCAAGGAUUCGGCGAUUGGGAUGAGGCGGUCGACAUCGAUUCGAACAUGCGGCACGGGUUUGCCGAGGCGUACUCGUCGGAAGAGUACCUCCAGGCACUCGAAAAGAACUACUUCUUAUACUGGACCGACACUCGACACGAGCGAGUCGGCCUCCCUAAACCUCCCUCUUCCGACCCUGCCGACCAAAAGAUCGACUGGCGAAACCGCGACCGCAUCCGCACGGCUUCUGCCGUCCUCGUCGUCUGUCUCCGCAUCGGUUACGACCCUCCCGAUAUCAUCAAGACGGACCCCUGCGCCAAGCUCGAGUGUUGGGUCGACCCCUUCGCUAUCGCCAAGGACAAGGCAAUGGAGCGCAUCGGCAAAAACCUCCAGCAGCAGUUCGAGAACCUCGCCGCGACGCCAAAGACUCGCUACAAGCAGUAUCUAGACCCGCCUAUCGAAGACGCCAAGAAGUUCUGCACGGGCGCGCGCAAGACGGCAAAGAACGAGCGGACGCUGUUUUACUACAACGGCCAUGGCGUGCCGAAACCGACACCGUCCGGCGAGAUCUGGAUGUUCAACCGGCAGUACACGCAGUACAUCCCGGUCUCGCUCGCCGAGAUCAUCGGGUGGAUUGGCAGUCCGGCGAUCUACGUCUGGGAUUGCUCGGCGGCAGGGAACAUCGUCUCGAAGGUGCAGGAGUUCAGUACGAAGCGGGAUGCGGACCUCGCGCGAGAAGCGGCGGCGGCAGCGGCUCAAGGCGUGGGACCAGACGGCCAGCCCGUCAAUGCGGGCCCGCAAAUCCCAAACGUCCCCUUCCGCGACACGAUCCAGCUUGCGGCAUGCCUCUCGCACGAGACCUUGCCCAUGAACCCCGACCUCCCUGCCGAUCUCUUCACCUGCUGUCUUACCUCGCCCAUCGAGAUCGCCCUCCGCUUCUUCCUCCUCCGAAAUCCGCUCAAGACCAAUCUCGAUCUCGACAUGCUCCUCAAGAUUCCCGGCAAGCUCAACGACCGACGGACACCGCUCGGCGAGCUCAUGUGGAUCUUCACCGCCGUCACCGACACCAUUGCGUGGAACACCCUGCCCCGCGAUCUUUUCCAGAAACUCUUCCGCCACGACCUUGUCGUUGCCGCCCUGUUCCGCGGCUUCCUCCUCGCCGAGCGCAUCAUGCGCUUCUACGAGUGCACGCCCAUCUCCGUCCCCGCCCUCCCGCACACGCACAAUCACCCGCUCUGGGACAGCUGGGAUCUCGCCGUCGACAUGUGUCUCGCCCAGGUCCCCACCCUCCUCGAGCACGAGCAGCGAUGGCUUGACUCGCUGCCGCCUCAGCCGCCCACCUUGCCCGACCAGCCGCCUCCACCACUCCCGCCUCAACCGCCAUCCCCAUACUUCCACUCCACCUUCUUCGCUGAACAGCUCACCGCGUUCGAAAUCUGGCUCGAGCAAGGGACUGUGGCGAAACGACGGCACCCCGAACAGCUUCCCGUCGUCCUCCAAGUCCUUCUCUCGCAGGCGCACCGGCUGAAGGCGCUCAUCCUCCUCUGCAAAUUCCUCGACCUCGGACCCUGGGCCGUCAACGUCGCGCUCUCGAUCGGUAUCUUCGCCUACGUCCUCCGACUCUUGCAAGCGCCGGCCGUCGAGCUCAAGCCCGUCCUCAUCUACAUCUGGGCGCGCAUCCUCGCCGUUUACGAGGGGUGCAAGGAAGAUCUCCUGAAGCAGGCGUACCCUGCAGCCCGAUCCGUCGACCAGGCGCCCUUCACCUACUUCGUUUCCGUCCUGCACCCGUCCUCGACCCAGCAGCUCCACCUCCCGAACGUCUCGGAGCACCGCGCCAUGUGCGCCUUCAUCCUCGCCGUCUGCUGCCGCGACUUCAAGGUCGGCCAGGUCGCUUGCUUGCGCGUCAACGUCUUCGAGUCGUGCCUCGUCCACCUCCGCGAUGAGGACCCUCUCUUGCGGCAGUGGGCGAUCCUUUGCAUCGCAAUGAUGUGGGACGACUUCGAGGAGGCCAAGGGAAUGGGUGUCAAAUCGCGCGUGCACGAGGUCUUCUGCAACCUCCUACACACCGAUCCGGUGCCCGAGGUGCGCGCCGCCGUCGUGUACGCUCUCGGGACACUGCUCGGCGCCACGGGCUCAAGCAACCCGGCGAAGAAGUUCGGCCGCUCCAUCGUCUGCAGCGGACCCGCGUCUGGCUUGUCGGCAGGCGAGCAGACGGACGUGGAGCUCGGCGUCGCGAUGGCGACACUCAAGUCGUCGUCCGACGGUUCGCCGCCCGUUCGACGCGAGCUCGUCGUCCUCCUCUCGUCCAUCGUGAACGAGCACCAGGGACAAUUCGUCGUCGCUGCGUACCGAGCGAUUGCCGACCGAGUCAGCCGCGCGAGUGCGGGCGACGCGCCGAGCAGCGGGAUCGAGGAGCGGACGGCGUCGAUCGCGGCGAGCCUGACGGCGGCGGCGGAAAGCAACGAGGGGCCGUCGAACCCGGCCUUCCAGGCGACCAUGUUCUCGUGCAUGUACCAGACGCUCACGCAGCUCACCGCCGACCCGCAACUCGAGAUCGCCGAACUCGCUCAGCAGGUCAUGGACUACAUCUUCGACAUCCUCUUCUCCUCCGCUCUCGGUCCCCCUGCACGGGCUCUCCUGAACUCCGUCUCUCCCGACGUUUCGAAGCCGCGUGUACCACCUCCACCAGCGCCCGCAUCGAUCCAGCGCGAGCAAAUCUACGCGCGAGACCCGCUUCCAAAGACGAACGGUCACUCGACACCGACAACCACGGGCCUCGGCGGCACUAUCAAGCGAUCUGCCACAGCCCUGAAGAGCUUGGCGCACCUCGCUCUUGAGGGUGGCCCAACACCAGCCCACUCUGCCGCGCCGACACCACCUCCGGGCCACCCCCCUUCCGCCCUCCGCCUCAACGGCAAGCCAAGCAUUCCCUCAACGCCCGCCAGCGGCGCCUCCAGCAUCAGCUCUUCCGCCUCGACCGACUCGCUCCGCCACCUCCAGGCAAGAGUCGGCAAGCCCGCGAUCAAGUCGCGGCCGUCUUCGCAGCCCGACUCGUCACAGGUCGAUUCAAUCAUUGCGCAGCUCAUUCAGCAGGAUGAAGAGCGUCUGAAGAAGCGGAGACAGGCGCCGAAUGUCGCGACGGCGGCGGAGGAAAGCCCCGACCAGGUCUUCCCGCUCAAGGGUACCUUCUUCGAUUUCGCCCUCGAGUACUAUAAGGAGCCUCAGAUGCGUGCGACAGAGGCGGACGAGCCGGGCAGUGUCCUGCACAACGAGCGGGUAUGGCGGCGGCAGCGGAACGAGGCGGUCAUCAUCAAGACUCAGCCGAUGAAGGGGCCAGCCUGCCGAACACGCUGGGACGAGCAAAUCGGCUACAUCGCCGGCGAUGCAGUCCCGACCCGCAUCAUGUUCCACCAGUUCGAGCCGCACCUCAUCUCGUCCGACGACAAGGGCAACAUCACGGUGUUCGACUGGGAGAAGAACUACCGCGUCAACUACUUUGCCAACGGCACGCCGCAGAAUGUACCGAUCACAACGCUCCGGCUCGUCAACGAGGACGACGUCGCGCUGCUCCUGACGGCUUCUGCCGACGGCGACAUCCGACUGUUCCGCUCGUACGAGUCGCCUGACCAGGUCAAGCUCAUCUCGGCGUUCCAAGGAAUCGCUGAGGAGCUGCCUCGAAGUUCAAGCGAGCAGGAUGCCGGGCUCGUCGUCGAGUGGCAGCAAGGGCGGGGACAGCUCUUGAUGGGCGGGAACGUCAAGUACAUUCGGGUGUGGGACGCGACGAGGGAGACGGUCGUCCAGGACCUCCCGACUCGAGCCAACUCGUGCCUCACCUCGAUGACGUGCGACCAGGUCGCCGGCAACAUUGUCGUCGCAGGAUUCGGCGACGGCGCCUUGCGCGUCUACGAUCGCAGGCUUCCGCCGCGUGACAACAUGGUGAGACGGUACACCGGUUUCCACAAUGCGUGGCUGCAGAACGUGCACAUGCAGCGAGGCGGGAACCGCGAGCUGGCCACCGCAGAUCUCGGCGGUCAAGUCUGUCUGUGGGACAUCCGCCUGACCGAGCCUAUCGCCUCGCUCCAAGCGCAUCAGGGCAAUCUCACGCAGAUGACGGUGCACGAGCAUGCUCCGAUCUUUGCGACCUCCUCUGCCUACAACGUCGUCAAGCUGUGGAACAUGGACGACUUGUCCGAGCCGUUCAGCAAGUUCCGCAAUACUUCCGGCGGACUGACAUCGUCGAAGGGCUCGUCGAUGACGUUCCUCGCCUUCCACCCGCACCACAUGAUGCUCGGCUGCGCCUCGAGCGACGGCUUGCGACCCGGAUCGUCAACCGAGCACGUCGGGCACAUCAACCUCUUUCGCAUGCAAGACUACUCCAAGACGCUCAACUCGGUCUCGACGACGCUGUCAUACUCGGCCUACUUCUAG